AUGGCCCUCACGGGCGGCCUCUUCGACGGGGUGGAGGACACCCCGUUCCUCCGCGCGCGGCUGAGAGAGCUCGAGCAGGACGCCGACGUGCUUCGCGACCGCUCUUCCAGGCUCACGCGCGACUGCAGGGCGUACCGGGAUGCCCUCGAGGACGCCUACGCCUCCGAGGUUAACUUCCAGGAGUCCGUUCGCUCCCUCUACGGCAGCAUCGACGACGCCUUCGGCAACGCGGUGGGGGCGUCGGUGCUGGAGAGGCUCCUCAGCGCGAUGAGCGAGUGCGCCGCCGCGAGGUGCGACCUGAUGUCCGAGGUGGAGACGGAACUGAUCGAUCCGCUCGCGAAGAUCGCGGACGGGCCGGUGUGCCAGGAGGUGGCAGACGCGCGCCGGCGCUUCGACAGGACCAACGCGGAUCACGAGCGCGCGCGCGCCAAGUUCCUCGCGCUCACCAAGGAUGCCAAGGAGGAGCACCUGCGCGCCGCCGAGGACGAGCUGGCGUCCACGAGGCACGAGUUCGAGACGGCGCGAUUCGACCUCAUGGGCAAGCUCCAACGCGCCGACGCGGUGAGACGAGUCGUGUUCAAGCGGCGGCUCGCGAGGAACGUGGAGUCGCACCGGGCUUUCUUCGCACGUGUGCACGGGGCGUACGAGGAACUCGGCGCGUUCGUGAGGGAGGUGGAGGUGCGAUGCGACGAUGACGAGGAACGCGCGGCGAGGGAUGCCAUCGACCUCGGAGCCGCGGCGGCGGCGUACAGGGACGCGCUGAGGGAAGACGCAGCCGCAGCCGCUCCCCCGACGCAUCGCCGGGGCUCUAGUGUUGGUUCGGGCCACCCCGGGCACCACAGGCGCGGGUCCAGCUUCGGCGGCAGCGGCGGCGCCAUCCUCCACCAGGGCUACCUCCUCAAGCGCUCGUCUAAUCUUCGCGCGGAUUGGAAGCGGCGGUUCUUCGUGCUGGACGCGUUGGGGCACCUCACGUAUUACCGCGAUAAGGACGUGAGCGGGUUCGGGGGUGCGAAGGAGACGGUUCGGCUGCUGACGGCGACGAUCAAGCCCGACCUGGAGGACUCGCCGAACAUGCGGUUCUGCUUCAGGGUGGUGUCCCCCGAGCGGGAGUACUGCCUGCAGGCGGAGAACCAGGCGGACAGGGCUCGGUGGAUGGAGGCCAUCAGCACCGCCAUCGCCGGGUUGCUGUCGAACAGCCACGUCAUCGCCGAGUCGGUGGCGGAGUACCCAAGGUCGGCGAACGCAUCGCCGGCGAAACCGCCGCGACCGAACCGGAACGCGGUGACUCACCGGGCGACGACGGGGGGCACCCACCGGAGGAGCUUCAGCAUUCGCCAGGCUCCCGGUAACUCGCGUUGCGCCGACUGCGGGAUGGCGGAUCCGGACUGGGCGUCCCUUAACCUCGGCAUCGUCGUGUGCAUCCAGUGCUCGGGCGUUCACCGGCAGCUCGGCGUGCACGUCUCCAAGGUUCGGUCGUGCGUCCUCGACGUCCGCGCGUGGGAGCCCUCCGUCGUCGCGUUCUUCACCCGGUGGGGGAACGAGCGGCACAACCGGGUGUUCGAGGGAGCCGCCUGCGACGCCGACGACCUCGCCACCAAACCCCGCCCCAACGACGGCCUCGACGCCAAGGCGGCGUACAUAAAGGCCAAGUACGUCGCCAAGGCUUUCUUCGACCCGGAGGUGUCGGACCGGGGCGGCGUCGCGUACUGGGACGGUGAACUCGCAGACGCAAUCGCAAGCCGCGACGUCGCUCGAGCGAUGGAGGCGAUCGCGAGGGGCGCGAGGGUCAACCCCGUCGGCGUCGGCGUCGUCGGAGAGGGGGCACACGGAGAGGGGGCGCACUCAUCACCCCUCUCCUACGUCACCCCGCCCCUCGCCGCCGCGGCGUUCCGCGGGGACGAGCCCAUGGUGGAGGCGCUCGUGCAAAACGGCGCCGACGUCAACCACGCAGACGCGGGCACGGGUGACACGCCGCUGCACGUGGCCGUGGGUAACGACCAGGACGGGGUGGCGAAGCUGCUGAUUCGCAGGGGCGCGAGGGUCGGGGAGAGGGACGCGAAGGGGCGGAGUUCGUUGGAGAGGGCGAUGGAACGCGGGCACAUUCGCGACGAGGAGCUGUUCAUGAUGCUGGCCGAGGGCGCUAAGCACCCGACGUCGCUGUGA